GUUCAUGAACCUCUACAUGAAGGCGGUCCUGUCCAACUCGAUGGUGUCCCAGGAACUGCACAUGCGGGGCUUCCAGGCACCCCUGGUCCUCACGGCCCUGCAGCAGCUCGUAGGGUUCUGCCUGCUCGCGCUGGGGAUCCUCGUGUCCCAGCUGACGCCGUGGGCCUACAGGCCGAAGACGAUCGCCAGCAAGGAGCAGGUCCUGGCAGUGAUGGCCCUCGCAGUGUGCUUCACCCUGAACAUCGCCCUCAACAACUUCAGCCUCUCGCUCCUGGACAUGUCCGUCAACGUCAUGGUCCGGUCCCUGAGCCCGCUGACGUCCCUUGUCCUGCAGCUGUGCUUCCGCCGCUGGUUCAACGACGGCAUCGACACGCGCCCUGCGAAGAUAGGCAUGAUGCUGCUCGGUGUCAUCUGCGCGAUGCUGGUGGUUGUCUCGAAGUACGCAGGGAAAAGUCGCUGGGCUACGGCGAGAGCGGUACCGACACGCUGGGCCUGGCCCUGUGCCUCUGCUCCCUCGUCUUCUCCUCCAUGGAGCUCAUCGUGGCUCGGUGGCGGAUUCUUGGGAACGGGUUCCAGCUGAACUCCAUUGAUUCGCUUCUGUACAUGGCCAUUCCAGUGGUCGCGCUGCUGCUGCUGCCCAUCUACAUCAUCAAGCACCCCGUCGCCUACCCGGGGCACAACGCGGCCACGGACUUCAGCGUGGCCGUCGAGGUCGCCCACCUGAGCCCUGGCACCGUUGUGCUGGUGAUGAUGUCUGGCAUCUGGGCCCUCGCCUACAACCUCCUGCUGUACAACAUCGUCAAGGGCCUCUCCCCGUACUUUGCGUCCUUCGCCGCCAACUUCAACAAGGUUGCGGCCAUCGGCCUGGCCCUGCUCCUGGGCCUGGAGACGCUGCCGGAGGGGUCCCUGAAGUAUCUGAUGUGCGUGGGCGUGGUCGGGAACAUGGCGUCCUUCACCGCGUUCAGCGCGUGGCCGAAGCAGCCCGCCGAGGAGGACGGGGAGCAGGAGGUGCAGUCCCUGUAGGGUGCGCCCAUGCCUCCGGCCGUGCGCCAGCGCACCUGUCGGCGACGACAAAUGGUGCGGUUGCGCCAGGGUGUGGUUUGCGAUCGGCGCCGUUGGGGCUUAGGGGUCACCACUCUGCGCCGAAGGCUUGAUAAGCCCUCGUCGGGGCGCGGCGGAGAUCUCUGUCGAGGUCCUCGCCUGGCCCCCAGGCUGCCCGUGGCAAACCUCGGCGAGCCCCCUUACAAGCCGCACCCUUCGGAGUCGCCGAACCUGCCGUGGCCCGGCGCGGCAAAAGAGCGCAGGCGAGCGCUCCGCGGGCGAGAUGGCGGUGGGCAGGGCGAGCGGAGAGGGAGGGAGGGCAGGGCGAGCGCCGCGCCCGGCGGCCCACGCCACGCGCUUCACUCGGCGACGGGGAGCCUCUCGGAGGU